AUGGAACAGGAAUACUUCUGUCAUCCAUCUGGUGCAUGGGGUGGAAUUGGCACAAUUUCUACAUGUAUGCUCAAGAAUAGUCUUCAGUAUACAGCAUAUACACCAUUAAAAAUAUUCCAAAAUCUCAAAAAAUCAACACCUUACAAU